AUGUCUUCUCGGUUCUUCCGAGCGCACGGCGAGUUCUGUGCUUCGCACCCGUGGGAGGUGAUAGUGGCCACGUUGACCUUGACGGCGUGCAUGCUGACAGUCGAUCAGCAGCACCCCGCGCCUCCGCCGAAACCCACGCUCAGGUUCUGCGCGGGCUGCUUGAAUGAGGCUGAAAAUAAUGCAGCGGAUGUCAUCGUGAUGACUACUAUAAGAUGUCUGGCGGUCUUAUACUGUUACUACCAGUUUUGCAAGUUACAGAAGCUGGGAUCAAAGUAUAUAUUGGGAAUAGCAGGCCUCUUCACAGUAUUCUCAAGUUUCAUCUUCACCUCGACUGUGUUGAAUAUCUUGCGAAUCAAUAUGGCUGACCUAAAGGAUGCUCUAUUCUUCUUCCUUCUUCUGAUAGAUUUAUCAAAAGCAGCGAUGUUGGCCCAAUUUGCUCUGAACGCCUCAUGUCAGACCGAAGUUAAGAAUAAUAUAGCUAAAGGAAUGUCAGUUUUGGGACCUACCAUCACCUUGGAUACUAUCGUGGAAACUCUAGUAAUCGGUGUAGGAACCUUAUCAGGAGUUCAUCGUCUUGAGAUGUUGUCAUGUUUCGCUUGUCUGUCCGUUCUAGUGAAUUACAUUGUUUUCAUGACCUUUUAUCCAGCAUGUUUAUCAUUGAUAUUAGAGUUGUCCCGUACAACGAAUAUAUAUGGUAAGAAGCAGAGCAUCAUAUCGAAGGCGUUCAAAGAAGAGGAUCACAAAUCCAAUCCAGUAGUCCAAAGAGUGAAGCUGAUUAUGUCAGCUGGCCUAAUGUUGGUUCAUGCGCAUAGUCGCUGGCCGUUCAAACAAGAAGACAGUGAUGACGUUGGCUCUCUCGUAGUUGAACAACAUAUGACACAUAAUCGUACCGAGGAAACAGCCUUGCAUGGAUAUAUCAUGAAAUGGGUGGCCCUCAGUGCUGACCAUAUAGUGAUUCUGAUAUUGCUGUUGGCUCUGGUCAUCAAGUUCAUUUUCUUCGAGAACAAAGAAGAAUUCGCUAAGAUAAUAAAAGCUUCCAUGUCAGAGAAUUUGGACAAAGGCAAUGAUUUCAACAAACUGAAUCGGGAAAUGCAUCAACGGCCCAAGCCUGAGCCUGAGAUGCCAAUUUUCAAACACUCUGACACGUUCUUUUUUGGAAAAAGUGAUGAUGAAAAAUCCGACAAAUCGAGUGACGUAGAACUCGAAGACAAGGCCGUGCAAACCACGCGGUCCGAUUUCGUUAAAGAAGGCUCUCCAUCCUCCGACCUCGACGACAGCAGGCCCUGCCGCUCGCUGGAUGAGUGCCUCUCCAUCUACAACAACUCCGACCUAGGGGCCGGUUUCUUGACAGACGACGAGGUGAUCCUGCUGGUGAGGCACCGGCGCAUCGCCGCCUACCAGAUCGAGAAGGCCGUGGAGAACCCGGAGCGCGGGGUGGGGAUCAGAAGGAAGAUCCUGGGCGGGCUGGGGAACUUCAAGAAGGCGCUGAGCGAUUUGCCGUACAGGAACUAUGACUACGCCAAGGUGAUGGGCGCUUGCUGCGAGAACGUCAUCGGCUACAUGCCCGUGCCGGUGGGCUAUGCGGGCCCCCUGCUGCUGGACGGGCGCGAGCUGUACGUCCCGAUGGCCACCACCGAAGGGUGCCUUGUGGCCAGCACGAACCGCGGAUGCCGCGCGCUCAAGACCGUCGGCGUGGCCAGCAGCAUUGUGGCCGACGGGAUGACGCGUGGUCCGGUCGUCCGGUUCCCGUCGCUAGUCGAGGCCAGUGCUGCUCUAAAGUGGAUGGAGACACCUGAAAACUUCGCCAAAAUGAAAGCUGAAUUCGACUCAACUAGUAGGUUUGCAAGGCUCAGUAAAUUGUUGAUUAGGAUAGCUGGAAGAUAUUUAUUCAUAAGAUUCGUGGCAAAGACUGGUGAUGCUAUGGGCAUGAACAUGCUUUCCAAAGGAACUGAAAUAGCAUUGAAACACGUACAGAACGUGUUCCCGGAUAUGGAGAUUUUGAGUCUCAGCGGGAACUUCUGCACGGACAAAAAACCAGCUGCAGUUAAUUGGAUUGAAGGUAGAGGCAAGUCCGUGGUGUGCGAAGCGAUCGUCCCCUCCCAAAUAGUGACCUCCGUCUUGAAAACCACAGUGCAGGCCCUCGUGGACGUCAACUACUCGAAGAACAUGAUCGGCUCGGCGGUGGCCGGUAGUAUCGGCGGUUUCAACGCGCACGCCGGCAACAUCGUGACCGCCAUCUUCAUCGCCACCGGGCAGGACCCCGCACAGAACAUCGGGAGCAGCCACUGCAUGACCCUCAUGGAGCCCUGGGGCAAGGCCGGCGAGGACCUGUACAUAUCCUGCACGAUGCCCUCGAUAGAGAUAGGUACAGUGGGCGGCGGCACGGUGCUUCCCGCGCAGGCGUCCUGCCUGGAGAUGCUGGGCGUGAGAGGGGCGAACAUCGAGUGUCCUGGCGAGAACGCGAACCAGCUGGCCAGGAUAGUGUGCGGCCUGGUGCUGGCCGGGGAGCUGUCUCUGAUGGCCGCGCUGGCUGCUGGCCACCUAGUCAGGAGCCAUCUGAGGCACAACAGAUCCACCACGGUGCUGCCGGAGGGUGUUAGUUUCGAAUCUCUUGUUGCGAAGAAGGACAGUUGCCUCAGUCCGCCUUGCAAGGACAAUUUUUGA